AUGUUGUACAAAAUCCUGAAAAAGCUUCCUGUUCACAACCUGGUAUUAGCUCAGCGUCUACAGAUAAUACUAAGUUACAUCCUCAUCCAACAACAGUGGCACCUGUCCUGCCUUCAGGGGUUGACCUCAAAAUGGCAGGUACAAAUAUGCAAAACCAGGUUGUGCUUAGCCACAACUCUCAUGCUGAAGCUCAAGGAUGGGGUUCUGCUGGGGUUCCAAAGCCAGAACUACAGGCUUGGGGAGGUGUAUCAUCUCAACUCUGCGACUAUGCCUGCCCAGCCAGCAUCCCAUGGCCCCUGGGGCGAUGCUUCAUUUGUGCAAAGACUUGUGGAUGGAGAGGGAAAUCAAUAUUCGCAAGUGUUGCGGCGUGGAAGGCAACAUGAGGUCCUCAAUGUUGUCCAAUUGAGCCCUCUGAACCAACGCCACAUUGUUAACAAGUGUCAUGUUAACAACGGAGCUAGCAAUGACCACUUUCUGAACCCUCUCUUCCCCCAACAUCUUGGCCAAAUUCAUAAUAAUAGCAGCAGCCAAAGUGCGUUAGAGAGAGGUGAAGCAAUGGCUGUGUCCUCUACCACCGCCCCAGUAUGUAUUCCUGCUAAUAAGAACAUUCCAACCCCUCAUGUCCCAAAAAUUGGUUUCGCAAGUACCAUUGCUUUUACUGUGAAACCGCGGAGAUUGUUACGUAUCAGAAGCUCCUCAGCUGAGACCUCUGACUCAGGAGUAGAUUCAGAGAGUAGUUCCAUUGAAGUUCCAAAGGAACCCUCAUCGUUAAUUUCUGCUCUUAACGUCGAAAGGAUUCUCCGUGGCUUACCAAUUACAGAUGCAGAUCAUUAUGGUAGACUAGGUGUUCCAAGAGGAUGUCCCUUUGAGAUGGUGGGGGUUGCGUAUAACAACAAGGUUCAAGAAUUAAAGAGUCAGAAUUUAGAGAAGGACGAAGUUGAGAAGAAAUUAGAACUUCUCAAAGAAUCAUACACCAUCCUGUCCUCAGAAGAAGAAAGAAGAAUCUAUGACUGGAGCUUGGCCAGAGUAGAGAAUACAGACCAAUUCGUUUGGCCGUUCGAGGUUGACAUAACACAGACUAAAAUCCCAGAAGAAGAUCCUCCCAUACUGGACACUGAAGAUGUUGGACCAACUAGAGUGGUUGGGUAUUUCUUGGUGGGAUGGUUAGUGUUGGCAGUUGUGUUAUCUAUUGGACUAAAUGUUUUAAACUGA